AUGACGCCCCUCACUGACGAUACCGAUUUCGACGCCAGCGAAACGUUUGGCAUUGCACUCAGUAAAAAGUCCGAUGCUCGAAAUCACGAAUACUAUGGCAAAGGUGACAGGACUAGGCACGUUUCAAAAUGUCUCCCUGACGCUCCGAACAAUUUGCGAAAAAGAGCUCGAACACGAACUAUAAAGCUAAAGGAGACUGUGACCAAACAGAAGGAUCCAGCACAAGGAUCAAAGAACGCCAGUGACUAUGCAGAAAAAUGGAUACAGAAAAGUGAGAGAUAG